UAUAUUUAACAAAUGGGUCACCACUAUUGCUGCAAACAAAGAAAGGUUAAGAGAGGGCUUUGGUCCCCUGAGGAAGAUGAAAAGCUCGUUAGACACAUCACCACAUAUGGUCAUGGCUGUUGGAGAAAAGUUCCUGAGCAAGCUGGGCUUCAAAGGUGCGGUAAGAGCUGCCGCUUGAGAUGGCUCAAUUACUUGAGACCUGAUAUCAAAAGAGGAGGGUUUACACCAGAGGAGGAGAAAUUGAUUAUUAGACUUCAUGGGGUUGUAGGAAACAGAUGGACGCAUAUAGCAAAAUGCCUACCCGGAAGAACCGACAAUGAGAUAAAGAACUACUGGAAUUCAUGGAUUAAAAAGAAGCUAGAAAAGCCUUCUUCACCACCAACCACAUCUCCUUCAAAUCUUGAUCAUCAGCACAAUUAUCAAAUGGGUUGCAGUUAUCCAAACCAACAAGUUUUUAUGAACCAAAAUUUUAUUACAAAACCUACAGCAGCUAGGGAUCAAAUCCUAUACCCUUCUCCAUACCCUCUAUUCAUGUUUGACACUGUUUCACUUGAUGAGACUACCAACAACAACACUAAUGUACGAUCAGCCGAUCAGCAUUUUCCACUUGCCAGGUCGAAUAAUUCGAACAACAACGGAACAUGGAUUUUGGAUCAGCAGCAACAGCAUCAAGUUCAAGCCUUUCCUUCUUCUACAGCACCAUUUACAAACAAUAAUAUGGAUGCACAGUUUCUACCAUCCCUCCUAGGGUCAAGCAUUGGAAACAAUAACAUGGUUCCUGUUGAAGUGGGGUCAUGUAGCAAUAUUGAUGAUGAAGAAGAGAUUUCAAUGGAGUGCUUGCAAAGUACUACACAGGAGCUGAAUGCAUUGGUACAUUCCCGCCAGGCUCAACAGUGUUCAUCAAAUAACUUUCAUUUUUGGGACAGUGUUGAAGGACCAUCUUCAUCUAAUUUGAGAUCAGCUAAUACAUUGUCUUCUUUCCCAUCAUAUCUAUAAGAGGCUUGAUGAUGAUGAUGAUAAUGACAAAUAUGAUGAUGAAUCGAUGAUGAUGACAAUGGUGGUGAUGAUGUGGUGAUGGUGGCGGUGGUGCUGGUAGUGAUGGUAAUGAUGACUAGCUAAAGCUUCCCCCCAUCAGUCUGGCCUUGAAGGAAGAAACUUGCAGUUUCAGGUUUCAGGAAACCUAUAUUUACGUAAUACUUUUUAACUGUUAUACUGUGAAAUACGAUUAUGCAUGAAAACAAAGUAUAUAUAUGAUGUGUAUAAAUGAA